AGAGAGAGAGAGAGAGAGAGGGGUCAUAUGACAUGAACGGCGGUUAUUAAUAUGCUGUUGUUAAUGCCGCCCGCUUCCCCCCACUGACUGCCACCACCAUCACCACCACCACCACCACCACCACCACUUCAUCAUCACCAAUAAAAGAGACUGCCUCCUCCUCCCUCUUCCCUCGCCCUUUCUACUUCAAGCGGAGAGGGAGACGGAGGGGAAGAGAUAUGGGAGGCCCUCCGCUGCUCUCUUUCCCUUGCGAGCUCCUCGCCCUCCUUCUCUUCCUCCUCUGUCUGCAAGACUUCUACAAGUUCGACAAUAUAAUUGUCCAUAGCUUUGCAAUGGUGGAUCAGAUAACAGAAGAAAAGGAGAACGCCCUAAUGCCUGACAUUUCUCCAAGUAGUGCACCGCAACCUUUUCUUCCUGUUCUGGCUCCUUCCCCAAUGGCAACACCAUUUUUCAACAGCAGUAUUCCAAAACUAUCAGGGCAGUGCAUAUUAAACUUUUCUGCAGUUGACAGUUUAAUAAGUACAACUGCUGUUGAUUGCUGGACCUCUUUUGCUCCUUUCUUGGCCAACGUAAUUUGUUGUCCCCAGUUUCAGGCCACCCUUAUCAUUCUAAUAGGGCAAUCAAGUAAAGAAACAGGGUUGCUUGCUUUAGAUUCCACUCAUGCAAACUAUUGCCUAUCAGAUAUUCAACAAAUUCUUGGAAGUCAAGGUGCCAAUAGUGACCUUCAAGAAAUUUGCUCAGUCCACCCAUCUAACCUCUCUGAAGGCUCCUGCCCUGUAAGUGAUACCGAUGGGUUUGAGAGUGUUGUUGACUCUUCUCAACUCCUUACUGCAUGUGGGAAGGUGGAUCCUGUGAAUGAAUGUUGCAGUAAAAUCUGUCAGAAUGCCAUACUUGAAGCUGCAAGGAAGCUUGCCUUGAGAGAUGGUGGAUUGACGACAAGCAUGGCUAUAAAUAAUACUUUGAUUCAGCACUCAUCUAAAAUUGAUAGUUGCAGAAGCAUUGUCCUUAGAUGGCUGUCUAGUAGACUCGAUCCAUCAUCUGCAAAGCAAGUGCUGAGACGGCUGUCCAACUGCAAUGUCAAUGGAGUUUGUCCACUAGAUUUUCCAGAUACAAAGGGUGUCGCUAAAAAUUGUGGCAAUGAGAUCAAGAAUGAUACUGCCUGCUGCCAUGCUAUGGAAAAUUAUGUAUCUCACUUGCAAAAACAAAGCUUCAUAACCAAUUUGCAAUCCUUGGGUUGUGCCUCCUUGCUUGGUCUGAAAUUGCAAGAAAUGAAUGUCAGCACAAAUAUUUAUAGUUUGUGCCAGAUAUCUCUCAAGGAUUUUUCACUCCAAGUUGGAACUCAAGAGUCUGGAUGCCUUCUUCCAAGCUUGCCAUCAGAUGCGACUUUUGACCCUUCUUCAGGGAUUAGCUUCACAUGUGAUCUGAAUGACAAUAUAGCAGCUCCUUGGCCAUCUGCAUCUCAAGCAUCAUCUUCUUCCUGCAAUAAGUCUGUUAAUUAUCCAUCACUGCCCGCUGCAACAUCUUCACAGUUAGGUCUAAUUGGAACUGAUAUGAAACUUGCGAUGGUCUUUUCUUUAUCACUGCUACUUAUAAUGCUACUGUAAUCAACUUGGGCUCCCAGUGUAAUGAUGUAUCAAGAAUGCUGCCACCAGGCAUGUUCAUCCUGGUCCUCUUAUCAGUAAAGGUUAGCAUUUAGUGGUGGCACUAUCCCUGUAGCUUAAACGAUAUUCUGCAUCUGUUAGGAAUUUUAGUGACCAUACUUUUUGGUUCCGUGAUUGAUUCUUGUAAUCAAUGUAAUAAAUAUUUGUACAGUAAAAAAUGAGUUCAAGAAGAGAAUGUGCUUGUAAUUAGUUAAAUUUUAACCCAUUUGAAAUUCCUCUGAAGCUUAGAUCAGACGUAAAAUUCACAUCGCUAUGCAUGAUCCUUGUAUGAUAGUUAUCGCUCGGAUAGAAUUGUGCAGGGACAGAGUGCAGAUGAAGAAUGUAAACUGGCUGAUCUAGAUGAAUGCUUGUAUGGAUUGUUUAUGUAUGUAAUUGAAUAAUCCUUAAUGUAAUGAGUGUGCAACACUAUUAGAAUAA